UGAACUUUUACCAUACUUAAAUUCAAGAACCACGCCGUUAAAGGAAAAACAGUGCAAGAAUCCGACAUAUCUCAGCUGUUUACGUGGCACCGCUACGAAGAACUUGACCAUCAUCAAACUAGAGAGAGACUACUAAACUUUCGCAACCACACCACACCCACUCAACACAAACAAUUGAACAACACAAGCAGUCCAGUUUCAGUUAAUUUCUAUUAAUUCCUCAAUAAUGACCAAAAUAUUUUCUAAAUUGCAUCAAGCAGUAACUGAUAAGGCAAAAACCAUACUCUCAUUAGCCAGAAAUAACCCAUUAUUUGCAGUGUGUUUCAGGACUCACAUGGACAUGGCAAACCAAAGCUCCUCUUCUAAAGUUCAGGCUUUGUAUGAGCUUUGCACAAACACCUUUAGACCCUCUGGAAUUCCUUCUCAAUCUUCUCCUGCUGUCCACCAGCUCUGCUCUCUUUUGGACACAAUCCAACCCGCUGAUGUAGGGCUCAGAGAAGAAAAUCUAGAUGAUGAUCGGGGGCAUGGAUUUUUUGAUAUGAAUCGAUUAAAUCGGGUAGCUCGAUGGUCUCAGCCAAUUACAUACAUAGAUAUAUACGAGUGUGAAAAUUUUACGAUGUGUAUAUUCUGUUUUCCUACUUCCUCAGUUAUUCCACUCCAUGACCAUCCUGGAAUGACUGUUUUCAGCAAGCUUCUCUAUGGUUCUUUGCACGUUAAAGCUUAUGAUUGGGUUCAGCCUACCUGUAUCUAUGACAGCAAGGGAUCCAGUUAUCCAUCAGUAAAGUUGGCAAAGUUGGCGGUUGAUAAAGUUUUGACGGCUCCAUGCGGGACAUCGGUCUUGUACCCAAAAAGUGGGGGCAAUGUCCACUGUUUCACUGCAGUUACCCCUUGUGCUGUGCUUGAUAUUCUCACACCUCCUUACAAGGAAGAUGCAGGCAGGAAAUGUACUUACUACCAUGAUUACCCUUAUUCCCCUUUCUCUACAGGAAUUGGAACCGAGAUAGGUGAUGAAAAAGAAGGAGACUAUGCAUGGCUGGCAGAAAUAGAUACACCUGAGUAUCUUUACAUGCGUCCAGGAGUGUAUGCUGGCCCUGCUCUCAAUCUUUGACUCUUAAUUAUCCGUAAGGUCCAUGCUUCUAACUUCAUCUGGUUCAAGCUUCAGAGAAAGUGUGCCUGCAAUAGCUUUCUUCUUUCAACAACAAUUCUAUUACUCUCUUGUGAGGACAUUACGAAAUAUACUUGACCUAGAAUUUUGCACAGGAAAUUGUACUAAUUUUCAUAUAAAGCUUCUAAUAAGCUGUAUCCCUUCAGCAACUCAUACAGGUUUUCCUUUUGAAGGGACUGUCUAUUGUUCUUGACGGAUUUUGAUGUGGCAUCCAGACUUGCCUCAUCCUACAUUUUUAAGGGUGUUACAUGACGCUUCCCUAUUGAUGAUUGACUCA